AUCUGACUUGAAAGUUGUACUACCAUUUUUUCUUCUAGUUUCUCUACUAGGAGUACCUUUGCGCGCGGACUUCUCAUUAAUUACAUAUAUAUGGACAGGGGGGUGACAGUGUUGUCAAGCCGUGUAGAACGGUGGCAGCUGAGGCGCGGUGAUCACAUCUAUGCUUGGCGCAAAGGCCUUGCCUAUACCUACUCCCAUCAUGGAAUCUAUGAAAACGACGAGAAAGUGAUCCACUUCACCAGCUCCUUGGCGUUGUCCUCCAUACCUCCAGAAACCUGCAGCAGGUGCCGUGAAGCGAUGCGCGGAGGAGGCGUCAUCAUCUGCUGCCUUAACUGCUUCCUGGAAGGAAACAGCAUUUGCCUCUUCAUCUACUCAGUGCCUUGGUGGUUCUAUAACCUCAGCAACAUUGGUGUUCAAGACACCUGCUCCAUGGAAGAUGAAGACCCACCCGAGACGGUCCUGCACCGCGCCAACAAUCUACGCGUCCACGGCUUCGGCAGCUACAACCUUGCGCUCAGAAACUGCUUCGACUUUGCUUUUUACUGCAAGACUGGACACCCUUACUUCUCACUACUAGAGAUGGUUGUCGAGCCCUCCGCUGUUUCUGAGUCAGACCUACGUCGCGCUAUUCGUCGCUGGCUCUUUUGAUUGAGUGAUUAUUUCUGUCUCUAUUAUAAGUAGUGUGUGUGUGUGUAUAUAUAUAUAUA